CGCGUUUUGCGGAGCUCUCGCGAGACGGUGGAGCUCGUUUCCUAUUCCUUCUUGCAAGUACUGUACCUUUCUACUAGCACGGAAUAGCAGCGAAACUGCACCACCCGAGCGCUUCUGUGGAGUUGCCCCUUGACCGCAGUCGUUGUGACAUCCUGUGCUCAUCACCAUGCCCUCCCACCACGGAGACCAGAGGCAUGGGCCGCAUGUUCUCGUGGCUCGCCAAAUACCACCAGAUAUCAUGGGUGAAGAUGCACAAUACACGCAGAAAGAGCGAGAGGUCGUACCUGUAUCACUAUUGAGGAAACGAGAUCACGGCCCAAGACGAACGCGGCAGGGUCGGUUGGUGGGACAUUCGCUACUGGGCGACCCCGAAGAGUUCGAGGAAAUGGAGCGCUCAAUAAACGGAAACAGCGAUAUGGAAGAGCGGCAUUCGGUGUUCAAGGCCGGCGUGGACGCAAAGUCAAACGACGCAGGGGAGAAUGAAGGUAGAUGGGACGGGGACGCAACUUCAGCCGAAGUGCUGGCGCAGUUCAACGCUGCUAUGAAGGAAGCGAAGCGCAAACAGGCGGAAGAGAAGCGGUUAUGGCUGAGUCGGUUGCAUAUCUUUCAACGAUACCGGGAGGUGCGGGAGGAACACGCAUUGAAGAACUGGCAGCAUCAUAGCGUCGAGUGGAACAGAGUAGAAGAGAGAUUAGCGAAGAAGGCCAAGAAGUCUCCCGGCGAGCUCCUCAUGGCCCGCUUAGGCGAAUACCGCGAACGCCUAGAAGAGCACGAGCUCAUUGAUACAGCUUUGCGACUACUAGACGACGAGCACGUCGAUUUUUGGAAGACGGGCUUGAGGCUUGGAAGCGACCUGCUGGGACUGACGAUGCCGAUUCCGAGAGGUGGUCCACGACAGAUCGAGAGAGUAAGGAGUUAUGAGCGACAGAGAUGGACAAAAGACCACUCAGCGACCAUACGCAAGCUCGUAGCCCCCAAAGAAGCGCUCUACGAAGACAUCAUCUCCCUUUUCGAUCCGUUCUUCCUGAACGACGAAAGCGGCUACCUAGAACUCCAAGGCCACAACCCCCUCCUCUCCCCGCACCUCCCACACCUCGCCGAAUCCUACCUCGACCGUCUAAAAGCCGCCGCCGCCACGAAAACUCCCAUCGCAGACGAAAAAGACGAGACCACGUCAAAUAUCACCCCCGACAAGGCGUCGGGACAUACCUCCCGUCCAGCGUCUGGGUCAAAAGACGCGGGAGAGGAUGCGACUACCGUGGAGGGACCGCACCUAGACCUUGCGACCCCGCGCCUGUUCUUUGAUGUGGAACUCAACACGGUGUCGAUGUCGGUGCUGACGGUGUAUAACCGCGGAACGACGGCGGUGGGGUUCGAGUGGGUGCCAAUCAAAAAGCCUAAUCCACUGAAUAUCAAAGCAGUGUACGAUGAGAAACAGCGGUUUUUUUUCUACUACAAAAAGGGCGUGAUCCUGCCCGGGACCGCUUUUGACUUUCCGAUCAUCUUCAAAUCUGCUACGCCCGGGGUAUUCACGGAAAUAUGGAGUCUGACAACCGUGCCCGCGCUGGGACCCGAGGCAUCGUCGCAGCCGACUGUGACGAUGCAGGGCAUCGCAUUGGAGCGGGACGAUAAUGAAGCCAAGAGAGAAAAAUUAGAGAAAGCGCUUUUGCGAAAACAAGCCCUAUCCGCUGCAAAAGCGAUCAUAUCCACGAUCCUCACCAACAUCAAACCCCGCGUCGUCUCUGCCCGCUCGUUACGCCGUAUCGCGGCGAAUGAGGACGAGCAUCUGUUUGAGAAGCGGAAUCGGUCGUUCAAGCUGUAUUACACACCCAAAAUCUUCGACAAGCUCGCCACCCUCGCCUCCGAGACGUUGGCCACCCUGCACGACCAAUCACCAGACCAAUCAACUCCCGCUGAAUGGGAUAGAUCCGUUUCCACUUUAUCCGAGUUGAUCAACGCGAUCAUGGAUAUCGACCUCCGCUCCACCUCCCUCCGCCGCCUGAACCAGCUCAUUGCCGCCGCGGCCAUUUCGCCGCGGAGUAGCGCGACCAGUAUGCUGCACGUCAUUGUAUAUGAUACCUUCGUGAAUGCCGCGGACAGGAUCGCGGAGACGAGUGAGGCGAUGCGGAGGAAGAUGGGGUUGCCUCUUGCGCGGGCAGCGACCCGCUUCGACGAAGCCGACGACCCACGAAGCGACAGCGACGGUUUGCCUGGCGACGGACCCGCACCACCACCCAACACAGUGCAGCAAGAGAAAGACACCUCCGCGCGCAAAGCGACGCCGCCGGUCGUGCCGCCUACGGGAGCGAGCGAGCAGACGCCGGCGGUGGCGGUGCCGGAGAAGGCGGGGAAGAAGGGGGCUGGUGCGGCCGCGACAGGCAAGGAAACGACCAAAAAAGCGGCUACCUCCGCCGCCGACAAAUCCGCCGACAAAGGGAAAGGCAAAGGCGGGGCUAAGGAAGCAGCCGCGACCGCAGCGGCCGCGGCGGCGGCGGCUUCCGCACCGGUAGUCCCUGCAGCAACCCCCGUAGCUCCGCCUGCGCAGGCUGUAGCUCGAAAAGAAGUGGAAACGACGGUAACGCAUUCACCGCUCAAUCUGUCAAAGCUGAUCAUCAGGCCGAAGAAACCGGACUCCACGCGCGGCUGGAGCAAAGAGCGGCGCGCGGGCGAGGAGGCCUAUCGGGCUGCGUUUCGCGCUGAGGUCCGACAACUCCUCACGACGGCGAUCGAUCGCAUGUCCACCCUUCUGGGCGACGCUACGUGCGAUGUGGAGGCGUUUUGAGGUUCGCUGUGUUUUCCGGGUUGUGGUAGUACAUAGAGUUUUGGAUCAUGGGAAGCUGCUCAUCAGAGUCGGUGAAGCCCCUCCCCUGCAUGCCGGUGCAAUCUGCAUAUGGGGGGACCCUCACAUUUUUGGAAACUGCGUGAUAGUUUUCCUCAUGAAAUAUAUGCCCCCAAACCCAAAAGCUCAAAACGCAGCAA